CAAAUCCCCCCCUCCCUCUUUCUCUCUCUCUCUCUCAUUUCAAUCAUUUUUCAUAUUUUCAUUUUCUUUCUUUCCCUGUUUCCGUUGCUAGACAGCCAUGCACCACCCACAGCCCCACAUUUCUUCAUCAGCCUCCGCCGCGUUUGACUUCAAACCAGCCAAACGUCGUGGCAGUUACAACUGUGGCAGAUGUGGGCUUCCCAAGAAAGGCCAUGUUUGCCUAGUCAGCGGCAGCAGCAGCAGCAGCACCCCUACUUCGUCUUCCACCCCAACAAUCACCAGUACCUACUAUUCUCCCUCGGCAUCCCGUCCUCCUCAUCCUCCACCUUCACGUCAGUCCUACUCCCACCUCCGACGUGCACUUUCCUUUGACGACAUCGAUAUCCGCUGCGACUCACCGGAACUAGAUUUAGACGGCUACGAUUCUCCCCUCCCGGGCACGGAUCUGGGUCCGGAUAAUGAGAUAGUCUCCGGUGGGUUACCGGCGGGGUGUUUGUGGGAAAUCUUGAGGAGAUUGCCGCCGGCGGAACUGUUGGCGGCGGCUAGGGUGUGUAGAGGGUGGAGAGAAACGACGAAGAGACUGUGGAGGGCGGCGGAGGAGCUGAGACUUAGGGUCCCACCUAGGGCUCAGCUCAGGUUCAUCGGAUCGGUUUUACAGAAAUGCCCGAGCCUUGUUAGACUUUCUCUUAAGAUGGAAAGUGAUGUGGAUGCAACAAUGUUGGCCUGCAUUGCGUUUUCUUGCCCUAAUUUGGAGUCUAUGGAGAUUUCUACAUCGGAUACAGCUGUCAAUCGGAUCACUGGAGAUGAAUUGGGUCGUUUUGUUGCUGAUAAACGCUGUCUAAUGAGCCUUAAGAUGGAAGGAUGUUCUAAUUUAGGGGGCUUUGUCCUCUCUUCAUCAAGUCUAUCUACACUCUGGCUUUCUGAUAUUUAUUCCCUCUCUAAGACGGUUAUUAACUGUCCCAGUUUGAAAGAGAUGUCCUUGGAGUUUUCUCGCCAAGAAAAUGAUACUACUGAUCUUACUACCAUGGUUGAUGGUUUGGGAAGAAGUUGUCCAAGGUUGCGAAAAAUACACAUCGCAUCAGUUCGGCUUUCACAUGCUGUCGUGCUUUCUCUUACAGCUGCCAACUUGAGGGACUUGCGAAUGCUUUCACUUGUUCUUGGCUCAGAAAUCACAGAUGCAUCUGUUGCUGCUAUUGUUUCAAGCUAUUCAAGAUUAGAAUUACUUGAUCUGAGUGGGUCUAGCAUCAGUGACAGUGGCAUUGGAAUGAUCUGCAAUGUGUUCCAGAGCACGUUGUUAGGACUCCUCCUUGCCCUUUGUCCCAACAUCACUUCAAGCGGAAUUCAGUUUGCUACAGCUCAACUACCUCUUCUUGAGCUUAUGGAUUGUGGGAUGACCAUAUGUGAUCCCGAUUCCCAGAAUUCACCCUGUGAUGAAAGUGGCGAUAAUGAACUUCCAAAUGCAUUCAACAGUAAACUGCACCUUAUGUACCAGAAGCUUAUCAUCAAACACAGCCGAUUAAAAAAACUCAGCUUGUGGGGUUGUUCUGGCUUAGAUGCUUUAUGUUUAAACUGUCCGGAACUAAAUGAUCUUAAUCUGAACUCUUGUAAAAACUUAAAUCCAGAGAGAUUGCUACUUCAAUGCCCAAGUUUACAAAAUGUGCAUGCAUCAGGAUGUCAGGAGUUGUUAAUUGGGGCCAUUAACGGCCAGGUGAGUAAUAACUUAGCUUCUGUGGAAAACCAUUUUCCAUUUAAGCGUUUGGCUGAUGGCUCCAAGAGGGUUCUUGCGCCAAAUUUUCUCAGUCAACAGUCAAGUGAUGAUGAUAAGAAACGGAGGAGGAUUGUGGGACGACAAUGUACCGUGGUUGUGGACUAGAUCCCAUUUUUUGUUUGUUACCUGUACCAUGCACAACAUUUUUAUUGUACAUCAUUGUUUGUUGUCAUGUUUCCUAUGGUUGUCCUAAACAGUGAACACUCUAAUAAUUUAGAUUUCGUGGUAUAAGGCAGUCCCCUCACUGAAUUGCCUUUUCCUCCACAAAUCAACAAAUUUUUUUCUUUCCGAAGUAAUUUUGUUGUAUAAGAAAAUUUUG